AUGGCCGACGACCUUGCAACCUGGAGCGCGCCGGUCCUGGACUCGUUCCUGGACCUGCUCAUCGAGCCCGCAGCCGAGCCCACGCCGGCCAUCACGGUCGAGAAAGCGACGCCGAUAGCUAAGAUGGCCAUGACCCGGCGGCCCUCGUACGAUGAGGACGACGCUAACAGCAUGACCUCGGAUGCUACCGGCAGCAGCAGCAAGAACUCGACGGCGCAGCAGCGGUAUCGGAAGCGCCAGAAGCGCGAGCUCGAGUACCUUCGCGACCAAGUGGCCGAGAUGAGCGCGCACCUCACAGUCCUCAAGAGCAUUCAUUGUAUGGAGACGAGCCAGAGCUCGUUCUGGGAGAAGAAGGCGCGCGUUCAAAAGCUAAGCUGCCAAAAGGCCACACAGGAAAACGCGCACCUAAAAGAUGCAGUUGAAGAGCAGCUCAAGAUCGCCGAGAUGCUGAACCAAUUGCUCGCGAAGCGGCCCAAGCUGGCGAUGUUCCCGACCAUGGACACGGUCGACUGGCGGCAUCGGCGGCUAUUGACCGACAAGGUGAGUCGACACACAUGCCUCCGCGCGCUUCUCCAAGACGGCUACGACCAUGUCGAUACGAUGCUAUUGCGCCAAAACCUCUUCGAUGUACCGUCGGGCCACAAAUCGGUGGCGGUCCGCCUCAACGAAGCAGGCACCGCGCUCGAGACUUCCGUCCAAGGUGUACAUCGCAUAGCGUCCAACUACUUGGCGUUGGCCAGCCGCCUCUGGUCGAUUUGGAACGAUCCGUACAACACUGCGUUUCAGCGCAUCUUCCGCUCACGGGUGCUGGACAAAAUUGACGACAAUAUCAUCUACUGCGAGCACAUCGAGCUCUUCCGUGGCGCGGUCCCAUACCUCUACCGCCUCUGCGCGACACAGCGCUACAUAGAAGACGACCGUGUUGUCUUUGUCGUUCGCACGAUCUUGGACGACCCGCUGCACCCGCCGCCCGCCGGCCUCUACGUCUCCAACGACCAGCUCACGUAG